AUGAGCUGGGAUCGAGUAAUUCAAGAUUCCGACGAGGAAGAACCCCUUGAAGGAGAUGAGCUUGAGGAUCUCCCCUCGUCUGUCGAUCCCCUCCAAGCAUCCGAGCCCGCUGUGCAGCAACAAAACGGCGAUAUCCCCGCCAAACAUACAGUCCACAAUGCAGUAACUGAGGCUCCUUCUGCCCCGGACGAGAGUAUGUUUCCACAAUUCAAUGUCAAUUUUGAUGAGUUCCUUCAGUCGCAGGAUCGAAACCAUGCGAUGUUGUCAUCGUCGCAGCAGCGGCGUAAGGAGAAAUGGAUUCCUUCGAACAGUGAGGGUGGGAGUGGAUCAGUGGGUGGUAUGAUGGCCGAGAUCGGUCUUGCGCAAAGAAGGCUGCUGGACGACGAUCCGUCAAGUGCUGGCCAACAGCUACCUUCCACAGCCACCCAAUUCUCAAUGCAGUCUGCCUACGCACCGUUCCCAACUGGGUCUAGCUUUCAUCCUGUCCCGGGUCAACUGGAAAGCGACAGCUUCGCCUAUAUCGAAGCGCCAAACGAAACGAAUAGCAACGCGAAUCAGUCAUUGCUGUCCUCCAGACAGGGUAUCUAUGACAUGACCCCGAAUACUUCUUCUAACUCAAUGGUCUCGCCACCAAAGAGUGUUGCCCACGAUGUAGCCGACUUUCCUCGCUUCCAGGAACAGGAGAACCCAACUUCAAACUCAACCCACAUAAUUGCUCAGUCAAACGCUUACCAGCCCGACUUUUAUUCACCCCAUGAUACCGAGCCAAUGUCAUCGGUUGUCUCAAUGCGACUGAACGAACUGAGAAGUGACACCGCCGGGACCAGUCUCAUAUCCGCACAACACUCACAGACAAGCGCACCUGACGAGCUCUCUUUGCCAGCAGUACCUGUGCCCUUCGUAGCCCCAGUCCCGAAGAGAAAGCGAGGACGUCCCAAGAAAAAGUCGAUUCCGGACAGCGACGAAGAUGAUGAACUGGCUUUUGACCGAGACCUCGAGUUCGGACAGCCUAGUCCAAAUGGUGCGAUUCAUCCAUCCGAUAGUGACGAGACUACGGAACUCAACACCCCAGCCCCAGGCGGAGUCUCCAUUGAGACUAACGAAGAAGAUUUAGAACCAGUUGUCAAGCGCGGAAAAUCGGAACCCAAGGAGCCCAAAAAGAAGAAGGCCAAGAAAGAGAAGACGGCACCGGCUCCCCAGCCAGAUCCUGGCAAUGACGACGAAGUAAUAUGGGUAGACUCGAAACCCAUCGAGGCUGAGCUCAUUCGCAAUGAGACCAAUCCUGAACCGACAGCCCUGGACUCCAACCCGCCAAAGAACCCCAAGACAGCUCAAACAACAGCCAAAGAAAACACCCCACAACCAGUCCAGAACAAUGACCAACCAGGUCCCAGAAAGCGCGGACGCAAACGCAAGAUGCCAGCCGAACAAACCCCAACCAUUUCGCCAGCACCCGAACCAGUCGAAUGGCAAACAAAAAUCGAAACACCAGCCCCAAAAGUUUCUGUCGUGGUCGACAACAGCCCGAAUUCUGUUCCAGCCAGCAACAGCAAUGACAACCACACGCCCGAGAUUCAGGAUAAACACCAAGACCAAGACCCUCAAGCUCAAGCUCAAGCAACCCCCGAACCUCAUGCCACCACAAAGGAAACACCCCAAACACCCUCCAAGCCGACUACCAAACCCGUCGAAACCCCCCAGAACCAGAACCAGAAUGCUGACAAGGGUCCGAGUAAACACAGUCCCAUCUCGGCGCGGAGUGCUGUACCCCUUCGCGUGGGAUUGAGUAAGAGGGCGAGGAUUGCGCCGUUGUUGAAGAUGGUACGGAAGUAA